AUGUGUUCUAUAAAGGCGUACAACUGUACAAAUUUUAUUUUAGUAAUUGUUUUUGCAUUGCUAAAUAUAAAGCCAGUUUUACCUGGAGCAAAUGAUUUGCAUUUUCAUGAUGGGUCGUCGUCGGCUGAUGUCAUAGCCGGAGAUAUAUUUUUUGAGAUACUAGAUCCGCAAGAAUUGCGUUAUUCAUAUAGAAUACGACCUGCCAAAGAUUUUGGUGCAACUUUUAAUGGCAGCUUUCACAUGACGAAGGCAAGAUUAGUACCAACUAUACCUAUAAACAGUUGUUCUGAUCUUCACAAUCAAGAAGACAUCUCUGGAAAUAUUGCUUUAGCUGAGAGAGGUGAUUGCUCAUUUGUUUUUAAAACUGCCAAGGCUCAGCAAGCAGGUGCAAGGGCUAUUAUUAUAACAGAGUCUGUUCACAAAUGGGAUGACGCAUUGGAUCAUCUAAUAGAAAUGGUGGAUGAUAAAAUGGACAUAGAUGUCAAUAUACCAGCAGCUUUUCUAUUAGGCCGUAAUGGAGCUACCAUUUUAAGAACACUUAAAAAGUUACAUAUGAAGUAUGCUAUAAUAAACCUGCCAGUUAACAUGACUUAUGUUCCAAUAAAUAAAAUGAACCAACCACCCUGGAUAACAUGGUAA